UAUAUGCAUAAAUUAACACACUCUAACACGUGACAACAGGAACAGGAUGCCCUUAUAUGGGCAUAACCACGUGAUAACUUCCCGCCAGGAUGUCUUGACCGGAUGCCCAAAUAUGGGCAUGCACAAGUCAUCCGGACAUAGAGUCAUAAAUCAAACGUUUGACGCGUGCCGUCUACUGUAUUCUCUCUUAUCUCAAUGCCUCAGGGCAGUGAUUGACUUAAAAUAUGUUGAAAGACGAGACAUCUUUCAACCAUAUUUUGCUGGUAUUUCUCUUCCUCAAACACCAAGACAAUAUCAUCAUCAUAAUCUUGAACCAGCUCCAUGGAUUCUGUUGAAUGGCUUUCCUUUGAGCCCGUCCAUUGGGUAAACACCUGGUGUAGCCAGUACCUUUCAACAGGGUGUGUCUAUUAAUAUUCAUCAUUGUACAGGUAUAAAACAUACUGUUGGGUUCGACAUUUUGAACAUUGAGAUAUUAAAUAAAUGAUAGAGAAGAAGCAUAGAAUCAAAGGAGAAAGUUAAGGGUUCUCUGUAGAAAGCCAGAAGGCUUUGGAAUGUGUUUGAUGGAGGAGAGGAGAGCGACGUGUUGACACAGGGAAGACAGAUAUCUGUGGAGUAGGUGAAGGAGGGGUUGAGGUCAGAAGGUGAGGUGUGAGGGGUGAGGUCAGUUCCCCUUAAGGGAGUAAUCAGGGUUUAGUAUCUGGUUACCUUCUUCCUGUUGGGAAUAAACUGUAAGGAUUGGAGACAGGGACUGUCUUAAGUGGGAUAUAAAUAUCUGGAUGGGAUACAUGUUGGGUAGUCUGAUUACAGCUGUACAGAACCUUUGGGAAGAAUUAAACUUGGUUAAAGCUUCUCUAGUGUCCGUGAGUCAUUUACUCUGAAAAAUAAGAACCUACAUAUGCAAGUAGUACAGGUAUAAAAGCAAUGAUCACUGACACAACUUCCUCUUUCAACACAGAUCUCAGAUCAACCAACGCAGUAACAGAGGUCCAAUGGCAGCCACGGUGAAAUCUGAGCCUCUUGAUAGCAAUGGUGAUUCACUGUCAGAUCAAAUGGCUACAAAGAUGAAGAUAACUGAGCCUAAUGAUAGCAUGGUCCAAGUGGUGAAGUCUGAGCCGCUUAAGAGCAAUAUUAAUCCAGAAACGAAACACAGUCACGUGUUCUUCUUCAGUUGCUCAACUCUUAACGUAACCAACGAGGAAAUCUUGUGCACCAAACCUGGAACACUAUUGAGAGCACUUAAAACGGGUUCAUUCAAGGACAAGAAGACACUGAAAGGGAAAGACAUUGUCAUCAAGAGUUAUAAGGGGUACAUAGUGAAGCACUUUCCAUGUUGGCUGAUCAAAGAGGAUGACCAUCUCACUAUUGAGAUGGCCACAUAUGCCACAGAUGAAACUGCAGGGGACACAGAUGAGGAAACAGACAAUUAUGUCACUUUCUCUAUUGAGACAACAGGAGGGAAAAACAGCAUAUCAAAACCAAUACUUAGAAACAAACAUCUUCGGUCCUACGGACCUCUAUGUAUCUAUGCAAAACAGGAGGAUGAAGUGAAGAAGGCUCUACGAAAUGAUGGGCGCUUCUCUAACAUUGUGUUUGAACAAAAAUGUCAGCUCUCUGAGCGAUUAACAGGGAGCAAGGUUUCAAUGGGGCAAAUAGUAAAAAACCUUAAUAAUCGAAGCUUUGCAAUCUGUCUGACACAACUUAAGGAGGAAACGGACUCCACAAUAAAAACCCUUGUAAACUCUGAAGGAGAUAGAACACAGAUGACUCCAUCGACGCUAACAACUGAAACAUCAGAUGUAGGGGAGUCCUCUUCGAGAACAAAGCAGAAACGGAAAAGCAAUCCCAUGCCAGGCCAUGGUGAAAUAUUGACGAUCCUUCGCAACCAGUUUGAUGAUCUGGUGAAGCAGAUGGAAAGUAGGAGGGAGGACAGCCAAAAGAAGACACUUCCUGAAGAGUUGGAUCUGAUGAAGCAGGAAUUCGGGAAAAUCAGACAGAAGUUCUCGGAGGUUCACAGAGUGAAGAAAUUGAUUAAACUUGGUGCCUCCGUUUGUCAGGUGAUUGUUGAGGGUGUUCAGGGUGUUCAGGGGACAGGCUUCGUGCUGUUUGAUAACUACAUCCUAACAAAUGGACAUUUGUUUGGUGAAAAUGUAAGAAAAAACAUGCAGCUGUUAGUUGACGUAUCUGUGAAGUUCAACUAUGAAAAUCCAAAUGGAUCCGAUGUGAACGUGAUCAAAGCAAAAACCCUGCUGAUCGACUUUCAACAUGGACUUCAGGGAAAACAUUACAUGGACUAUGCCAUACUGGAGAUGGAACCUCCGAAAAACAAGCAACAGAAAAAGGUCCCUCCUGGUCUCCUCCGUGAAUAUGGCCCAGUUCCAGCAUGCGGUGGGGCCUGCCUCAUUGGACACCCAGGUGGACUGGUGAAACAAAUGGACCCCACCUCCAUCAUUGGCAGUGAAAUAAGAGAGGAGGCUGCGAAUAAAUAUAAACGGGAAAAUGGACAUGCAAUCUUCACAAUAAAUGAUGCCGUUGAAGAAAACAAAAAGCGCUACGAGGACGUGAUGCAGGAGAACAAGGACGACUUUGUGACCUAUAACACCUCCUUCUUCCAUGGAUCUUCUGGCUCUCCAGUCUUCGAUGACCUUGGUCGAGUGUUUGGCAUGCAUACUGGUGGCUUUGACUAUAAGGAUAAGCGCACUCAGAGCACACAGAGUGUGUUAGAGUACGCCCUCCCUCUGUUCACCAUAUUACAGAACUUUGUCAUCCGUUUGAAGGAGGACAACAAUCAGGCAGUUUUGACAAGAGUUCAGGAAGAGGCACAGAAAAACCUCUUCCUGUUUGAGGCUCUUUUCAAAACAUGUGGUCAUGAGCCUAUGGAUAUGUCGUAGGAGAUUGUUGCAAAUACAGCUAAUACAAUGCCACCCAGUGGUUGUCCUGGGAACAACACAACAAUGCCACUCAGUGGUUGUCCUGGGAACAACACAACAAUUCCACCCAGUGGUUGUCCAGGGAACAACACAACAACGCCACCCAGUGGUUGACCUGGGAACAACACAACAAUGCCACCCAGUGGUUGACCUGGGAACAACACAACAAUGUCUAUUUAGAAUUCAGAGGUAGGCUGCAAAUACUGUAAUGUCAGUAUUUCUGUUCAACCAUUCCACUAGUGCCUUUUGGGCAUUGAUAGAUUACUUGUCCUAGGUCAAAGGUACAUGUUUUUUUUAUCAUUUGUAUUGUUUUAUCUCUCAUGCACCUUUGUUUUCUGUAAUUCUCAUCACCUGUUCCUUAUGAAGUACGCUGCAUUUCUGUGAAGCAUGGUUUCCUUUGAAAAAUAAACUUUGGUCUCAGUGGGCCUUCCCUGCAAAAAUAAACAUUUAAUAGAUUAAGACAUCUACCUAGAUCAGAUUGUAACAAUUUAAAUAUGGUUUUAUUUUUGUUCUACAUUUUGAUCACUUGUCUUUGCUUUAACGUGUCUCAAAAUAUCAUGUGGAAUAGAGUCAUGUUGAAUAGUCAUGGCUCACUACUUUUGUACUCUUCUGAGACGGUGACUUCCCAGUAACUUCAGGUCCUUUGUAGCUCAGUUGGUAGAGGAUGGUUAGAUUCCUGGGACCACCCAUACUUACAAAACAAUAUUUUAUGCAGUGUGACUGUAAGUCUCUUUGGAUAAAAGCGUCUGCUAAAUGGUAUAUUAUUAUAUUACUUCAUGGAUCCAUCAUUCUGCUUUCUUGGUUUUGACAAUGUAGCUUGUUAAAGUUAAUCAUGGAUACAAUGUGGUAACUAUUAUUACAUUGGAAUUCUGUAUCAUGUUGAAAUUGUUAUAACUCAUGAAAUGAAAACAACCAUGCAUAAAACUAGUGACAGACUAAUCAAUAAAUGUGACAAUUACA